GUAAGUUACAUAUUCUAUGUGUAUAUUGUCCUCCCAAUAGCAGCAGGUCUGCUACAAGCAAAAUGAAAAAGGUGCUACUUGAAACUCCUAAGCCAUGUCUUAUUAUGGGAGAUUUUAAUGCUCACCAUAUCCUGUUUGGAUGUCAGACAAAUAAUAAUAGAGGUAACAGUUUAUAUGCACUUAUUGAUGACUUUGACUUGUGUAUUCUGAAUGAUGGUGACACAGCUACAACUGUCCAGUAUCCUAACAGAAAUCAGUCGGCAAUAGAUUUAGCUCUGGUUAGUUCCGCAUUAGCUCCUCUUUGUGAAUGGCACGUCCAUGACGACCCGAUGGGCAGUUACCACUACCCAACUGUGGUCGCUCUAAAUGUGAAGCCUUCUGUAUAUGAAGUGCGUCCUGCGGAAGAAAAAUACAUUUAUAAUAAAGCAGAUUGGUCUAAAUAUCAAGAACUAUCAGAAACGAGAUUUUGUAAUUUAGAAAUACAUGGUACCGAACCUAUUGAUUUGUAUAAUAAUUUUGUAAAUAUUUUGUAUGAUAUUAGAGCAGAGACUGUUCCAAAGCAAACACCACAACAAACUUUAAGGGUAAUGAGAAAACCUGCACCCUGGUGGAACCAAACAUGUGAUGAUGCUGUUCGAAAGUCUAAGGAGGCCCUCAAAGAGUAUAGAAAAUCGCCUAGUAUUCCUAAUUUCAUUAACUACAAAAAACUUGAUGCUCAAAAGAAAAGGAUAUUAAAAGAAGAAAGUAUUAAUUCAUGGCACAAUUUAUGUACUAGUUUUAAUAGAAUGACACCUAUUUCUCGAAUAUGGAACUACAUGAAAAGGUUUAGAAGGAUAGGUUCUUCUCAUAACAGAUAUUUGGCUGACGAUUGGAUACCAAGCUUCUUAGACAACAUAACAGACUCAUCACAGUUAAAUGAAGAUUAUUUGAAUGAUAUUUUAGAUCAAUCUGUUGAAAAUGAAAGUAACUCAUUUCUCAAUAGACCAUUCACACUAAAUGAAUUGUACAUAGCACUCAAAAGUAGGAAAGAUACAACACCAGGGUUGGACAGCAUACCAUAUAUGUUAAUUAAAAAAUUACAUCCUAAUGCGCAAGAAAUGUUAUUAAAUAUUUAUAAUAAACUUUGGAAUAAUUUAGCUAUACCAAAGUCAUGGAAAACCCAAUGUGUAAUCCCCAUUUUAAAGCCAAAUAAAGCUGCUAAUGAUCCAUCAUCAUACAGACCUAUUUCUUUGACAUCAUGUUUAGGUAAGCUUUUUGAAAACAUGUUAAAGUUGCGUCUAGAUUAUUUUGCUGAAACACAGGAUAAACUACCUCACAUACAAUUUGGAUUCAGAAAAGGCAGAAGUUGCUCUGAAAGCUUUGUAUCUCUGAUAUCGGAACUUAAAAAGGCCAAACUUAGUCAUUCUAAUGUUAUAUGUGUAUUUUUAGAUGUUAAAGGUGCCUUUGACAAUGUUAAUAUUGAAUGCCUCAUAAAAGUUUUGCAUGAAUUGAACUUGCCAAGAAAUGUAUUAAUCUGGAUUUUAAAUUUCUUGCAUGAUAGGACUCUUUUUGUUAAAUUUAACAAUAAACUACAUGGACCUAGGCCUGUUAACAAAGGAACAAUGCAGGGAGCGACACUUUCACCUUUGUUAUAUAAUUUAUACACAUCUCAGAUACUUAAAUAUGUAGAUACAUCACAAGUUAAAAUAUUACAGUUUGCAGACGACUUACUUUUAUACAGUGAAAACCAGAAUAUAAAUACAGCAAUUAAUAGAAUUAAUACUGCAUUGGCACAAUUGCAUCUUUAUUAUAGCAACAUUUUAAAAUUAGAAAUAAGUUCUGAGAAAAGUAAAGUUUUAGUAUUCAGUAAAGACACAUUUGUAAACUCUGGAAUUAAAAUUAACUAUAAUAAUGAUACAAUUCCUAUAGCCAAUCAUCAUAAAUUUUUAGGAGUUGUGCUAGAUGAUAAACUGAAAUUUGAUAAGCAUAUCAACUAUAUCUGUCAGAAUGCCAUGAAGAGCAUAAAUGUACUAAGAAGCUUAGCAGGAACCUUUUGGGGGUCUGAUCCAAAAACACUUAGCAUGCUGUAUAAAAGUAUUGUAAGGAGUCACUUUGACUAUAGCUCUCUAGCUUACAUGAAUAUUAGUAGCACAUUGUUAAGAAAAUUGGAUGUGAUACAGAAUAUGGGUCUGAGAAUAAUCAGUGGAGCCAUGCGCACCACUCCUAUUGUUUCUAUGGAAGUUGAAAAUUGCAUACCUCCAUUGUCCUUGCGGCGUUUGCAGUUAGCUGAAAGAUUCUGUUUGAAGGAGUUGUCUUGUAACAAUGAUAUUGUCCUGAGUAAUAUUUUAUAUCCUGCAGAAGUCUCCCAGUUAAAUGGAACAGCCAACAUCUCGGCUAAUACUCUUAUUUCGGGUACAUUGCCUGAAAUAACAACAAUAACAACUUGUGUAAAGAAUCAGACAAGAGAUAUGUACAUCAGUAACAAGUGGCCUAUUUACAAAUGCCCAUAUGAUACAUUACUUAAUUAUCUUGAUAUAAAAUGUCAUUUAAAUUCGGUUAGUACUAAGAAUGAAUUCUUAGAAUUUUUAAAUGAAAAGAAAGACUUUUACACUAUAUAUACUGAUGGCUCCAAGAGUGAUCUUGUUAAAGCAGCAUUUUAUGACCCACAAAUGAAAGUUAUUAAAUGUAUUAAGUUGCCAAGUAAUUGUAGUAUUUUUACAGCAGAAAGUUGGGCUAUAUUAGCUGCUUUGUCGUAUGUAAAUACCAAUGUAAAUAGUGUAAAUAUCUUGAUAGUUAGUGAUUCUAAAAGUGUUUUAUCUGCUUUAUGUAACUGUAAUUUAGUAUAUAAACAGAAUUAUAUUUUGUAUAAAAUUAAGGAUAAGCUGCAAACGAUUGGAAAAUGUAUAGAAUUCUUAUGGGUUCCCUCACACAGUGGCAUAGUCGGAAAUGAGAUAGUGGAUCAGGCGACGCGGCAAGAUCACCACGAAGACCAAACACAAGAUUGUAAAGUCCCCUUCACAGAUUAUUAUCAACACUUUAAAAUCUUGUCAAAGAAACUGUGGAAGGAUUACUGGAACAUUACUACCGUGAAUAAGGGAAAAUGGUACGCAGAAUUACAGCCAGACUUACCAACGAUUCCGUGGUACAACCGCUUUAAAUACACAGGCCGAAAGUUCAUAACGACCAUUAACCGCCUACGGUUUGGCCAUUGCCUCGUCCCUGCACAUCUGUACAGAAUGAAGAUCGUAGCUGAUGACAAAUGCACACAUUGCGCUCAACAUAAUGCAGACAUAAACCACAUAAUUUUCCAGUGCCCAUCGUUUGGGAUUCAAAGGUUGACACUUGUCAGUGAAAUUAGUGAUGUCGCUGAAGAAAAUUCUAUAAGUGUUCCCCGCCGCGUUCAGGAUCUAUUAACUGAUGUAGCUUUUUUCAUGCCUCUAUUUAAAUUUAUACUUAAUACUGUAGGAAAACUUUAAUUAUUUAUGUGUCCUUAAUUAAUUGAUAAUGUUUGUAAAUAGCUUCUUAGCUUAUUUUGUAAUUUAGUCUGUUCUAUAUUUAUAUAAUAGGGAAAAAAAAAGUAGAAAAAUGAUGGAAAACCAUUCUAAAUUGUUAUUGCUAAAGUUAAAUAUUCUUAAUUUGAUGUAUGAUUUGUGUUAUACUGUAAUGUUUCCGACUGAAGGUCCUCGCAACCAUGGUCACG